UACCUACCAAAUGUAUAAUGUCUAUAUAUAUAUAUAUAUAUAUAAUUAAAAAAAUGGAAGCUUAUUUAAAAUGGAAGAUUGUUUAAAUUAUGAUCACUAAUUGAAGUGUACAAAUUCUAAGUAUUGAUUUAGGUACUUCAAAUGUAUGUUGUUCACUUGUUGGGCUUGGCCCUUGUUGCCACUGGGCUUGUAUUGUGACCCAAUUGGGAUGUUUGGCCUAAGGCCUACCUUUUGUAAUUAUCCUUUAUUUAUUUCAGUUGCUUAAAAAAAAAAAAAAGGGUCUAAAUAUUUCUAUUCUUAUUUAUUUCCCGCGGACUAUAGUAACAAAGUAUACGUGGUCCACUGUAAAAUGAGUCAAAAACUUGACAUUCUAAAAUGUGUAUUUGGCUGAUUUAAUUACUAACAAAUUAAGCUCAUGGAGUUCAAUUCCUCGGAACUACUACAAAUCUAAAAUUAAUCCUUUUAACACAUGAGUUCAGCAGACAACUUUCCAUUAACAAAAAUUGGUCCAACACGCUUGGAGAUGUUUUUUAUUGUUUGGUUCCGUAUAUAUAUGAUAUACAUAUUACUAGGUCUACAAGCAAGUCGGCUAGUUGUCUGUUGUCACCCAUAUUAAGAACGGUUUUAUCUCCAAUUAGCCGUCAUCUCUCUCUCACUAUAUAUAUAUAUAAAGUCAAAAGUGAUUGGAGCUUUAUACUUCAAUUUGAGAAAAAAGAGAGUGAAAACAUAGUCAAUUGUGAGGAUUGUUUGUGGAAUUGUUUGUGCUUGAUAGGUGGAAAGAUGAAAUUUGGAAAGAAAUACCAGUUAGAGAGGCAGGGACAAGAUGAGAAGAAAUUGGCUGGGAUAGGACAUAAGGAGCUCAAGAAGAUUUUGAAGAAUUGUAGGAGAUACCCUCACUUCCCCGACCAUGGUGGGGUCUCCACUUGCCCAGUUUGCGAUGGGGUUUUUUUCCAGACCCUUCUCAAGGAGAUGUCUGCAGUAGUCAGAUGCUUUAACAAGCGCGCGAAGAAAUUGAUUGAGAGGCAUCACUCUUCAGGUUUCCAUAAGUACUUCAUUAGUUUUAAAGACAAGCUGCAGGGUAACCACAUUGACUUAAUUCAAGAAGGCAAGGACCUGAUUACUUAUGCAUUGAUCAACACCGUGGCAAUGAGAAAAUUACUUAAGAAAUAUGAUAAGAUUCAUUUCUCUAAAAAAGGCCAAGCAUUCAAGUCACAAGCGCAAAGUAUGCAUAUUGAAAUCCUGCAGUCCCCAUGGCUAUACGAGCUUAUGGCUUUUCAUGUUAAUUCGAGGCGGAUUGAGGCCAAUACAAGGAAUGUCCCCGUGUUGUUCGAGGGAUGCUCUGUCAUAUGCAAACCAUCACUCUCUUGUCAUCUCUUUGAUUCCCUCAAGUUUGGCAUUGACCUGACUUGCUCCAUAUGUUUGGAAACAGUGUUUGAUGCAGUAUCUCUCACUUGUGGUCAUAUCUUCUGUCACAUGUGUGCUUGCAAGGCUGCAUCAGUAACCAUUGUUGAUGGAAUGAAGGCAGCAGAUCCCAAGGAAAAAUGCCCUCUCUGCCGAGAAGAAGGAGUUUAUGAAGGUGCUGUCCACUUGGAAGAGCUCAACAUCCUGUUAAGUAGAAGUUGUCCUGAAUAUUGGGAUGAGCGGCUUCAAAUGGAGAGAGUAGAGCGAGUUCGGCAGGCAAAGGAGCAUUGGGAGUCCCAGUGCCGAGCAUUCAUGGGUGUCUAACUAAAUAGGCAAAAUACUGAUCGAGGACUAGUCUUGUCAACACUCUCCAUCUUCUUCACUCUCUGUCUCACUGUCACUACUACAAAGCAAGGCUAUGAGUAGAGACAUCCUAAUAAGUGAGUCUCGUUCGAAUGAAGUUUUAAGAAGAACAGCGAAUGCAGUGGUGAAGCUGGAUGAGAAGAAGAAAAUCAUGGACUGAGAAUUCAAAGGAAGUUUAAUAGCAACAUUGAAUGGAGUCAGUGUAACUAGAUAUUUGCGUAAGAGCUUUAAAAACAUUCACGACUUUUCCAAUAUCACUUCAUGUUAAAUUAAUCCAUAUAUUUACCUUUCUUUCUAUCCUCUACUGUUGUUGAGGAUCAGUUUUCAUCCAUUAGAUUAGUAUUCACAUCAGAGGUGGUGUAUUUUAGUAUUGAUGAUAUAGACAUACUCCUGCAUAUUUAAGGUAAAUAUGUGUAUUUGUGGCAUUAGUUCAAUCAGUUUGGAGUCAAUUAACUUGGAGUAGAAUUGAU